AUGGAUGACAUAGUGGACCAUUUCGAAGAGUUCAUCAAAAAGUCCCUGGUCGUUAUUUCCGUGGCACUAGGGACGCUUAUCCUCAUGAUCAUGUACGUGUUCAAAAUGUUGGCUGCUAGACCUAACGGCCCACGCACCCUUUGCUGUACAGAUCUUGGACAGAGCUCUAGUAAAGCCGACGUCCAAUCUGAAGGCAAAAACACGGCUUGCAAGACCUGCAAUUCUAAUUCGGAUAGUUUGACACCGUAUAAUUCGAACUCGGUCUGUUCAAAUCCGAAUGAAUCGUGUUCGGUUUGUUCGAAUCCGAAUAAAUCAAACUCGGUUUGUUCGAAUCCCAAUAAAUCGAAUUCGGUUUGUACGAAUCCAGACACUUGCCAACUUAUGAAUACAGCGUCUAACCACUCAAAGAUAACCACGAAAACGGAUAUAUCAGCCCAAGUAACAUCGCAUCCAAGAUUUGAAGAAAAGACACUUAGAGAAGUUGGUUUGUCUGGCUGUUCCAAGGCGGGCCUUAACAUAAUCAAUGACAAUGAUUUCAGGUCUGUAGAUCGCGCAGUCCUUGUCCAACGCCUAGAACAGAAUCAAAAUCAAGCUCACACAGUACUACGUGGAAAACCAUCCUUACGUGCUGUCUCCCAACCCUCAACAAUAAUCUCCCAAGCCACAGUAUCACCUUCGUCUUCCGAAAAUUCGAGCACCAUGUGCAAUGACUGGAUGCAAUUUAUGAAAAAGGCGUCGAACAACAUCUGGACAAUGUCCUGUGCAUUGAACGGGAACUAUGUCGCUGUCAUCGCCAUCAUAGUCGUCGUAAUCAUCAGUUUGAUUCUUCCUGAUAUUACCCAAAAAUUCCACGCAACACACGAGCUCAAGACUAUGAAAAAAGUUCUGGAUAAAAUGUCGUCAACCGAAGAGCUACAAAACCUGCCAACCUGCUCAAGCCAUUGCAUGCGAACUACUCAAUCGGAGCCAGUCCAAGUUGAGAAAAAAGUGGGUUUCUUUCGGCGCCUUUUCUUCCCCAAUCGUAACACCUCCCACAAGGAAAUUGCCAUCAUGUCAUACGUGUACACCGAUUCGUUCGACGCUAAAGAACAAGUUGAAGACCAGCAAGUGAUGUGA